AUGUUGAGUGAACAGAUUACGCUGUUAAAUGAGUAUCUAAGACCAAAAUCGUUAAAUGAAAUUAUUGGGCAGUCUCAUUUAUUUGGUUUUCCAAAAGGCAGGUUUGCCAAAUUAGUGGUUAAGAGCAUUCUUAGCAAGUCCCAUUUGCCCUCCUUGUUUAUAUGGGGGCCUUCGGGUUCAGGCAAAACUUCGUUUCUAAAGAUUUUGCUUGAUUACACUUUCCAAAAUGCCAAUGAUUCAUGUCAUGUCUUCAGUAUCUUUUCUGAUACUGUCAAUAUCCAGGAAACGGUUUUUAAUUGUUUGAAAACCCUACUGAACAAAAACCUGUCGACGCACUGCUAUUUAUUUUUCGAUCAGGUUGAGAGGUUGAAAAAGAUUCAAGGUUUUGAAAAACUUGGUGAUUAUAUUAAAACUAAAAAGUUGAGUUUGAUAUGCUGCUCUUCUACCAACCUAUUGGUCAGUAAUUCCUCAAGGUCUUUAAAACUGGCGAUUUUGAUUUCUGAGGUUGGCAUUUUAGAUUUCAAAACUACAAACCCCAACGACAUGUCGUUGGUUCUAUCUAAAGGUGCUAGGUUUUUGAAUAUCAACUUGCCCAGUAAUUUAUUAUCCACUUUGAUUUCUUUUUCUCAAGGCAAUUUAAUAGUUGCAAUUAAUAAUCUAAUUCUCAUCCAUAAAACAUUUUUUAAGGAGAGUAGUCGUUGUAUUGUCUCAGCUGGAUUUCUAGACUUUGAGGCUAAUUUGUCAUCAUUUUCUGAAAGGUUUCUGUUUUCAAAUUUCAAUGAGGAAAUGAAAUACGAUUACAUUUCUGCACUCCAAAAAUCUAUCAGAGGCUCGGAUAUUACUGCCUCUCUUUAUUAUUUGACGAGAAUGACUAAAUCUCACAAUUUUGAUGUUUAUUUAUACAUUUUGAGACGAUUAAUGGUUAUUGCUUCUGAGGAUAUAGGGGUUGCAAAUAACCGCUGCUUCUUCUUAGUAUUAUCCAAUUACCAAAACAUAACUAAGAUGAUACUAUCCUCCAAAUCAAACUGUGAUAAUAUGAAUACCCUGCAUAUUCACUCACUUAUAAAGGCAAAACUUAUUGACUUAUGUGUAUUGCUAGCAAGUACUUUCAAAUCUUCAAAGGUUUAUUUUUCCUAUUCAUUGUAUAAAGAGAAAGAGACAGAAGCUACACUCUGCAAACCUGUUGCAAUUCCUAUGGCUGUAAAAUUUAAUUCUAGAGUUAUCUCAGAAGGAUUGAAAGAAAGACAUGACUAUCUGCAGCAACCAAUGGAUCUUUCCAAAAUUGUUUUCACCACUAAUAACCAUUCUGGGGAACAAGUUGAUAGUGUGAACAAAACACAGAUUCAACCCACUUCAAACUCUGAGACUUUAAAUCUUCCAGAUUUCAACUUUACUUUCGACCAAAAUGUAGUUUAUUCCAAGCACAAGACACAGAAAUAUAGCGAAAACAAACAUUGGGAAUCAUUUGAUUUUUUUCAGGAUAAGAAUUAG